AUGUCUAAUUUCUUUGGUUCUAUUGGGCGCAUUCGCACCAAAUCAAACGCACAGAAAAGGUCUCCAACUUCACCGACAACUCAACAGCAACAAAUACCCCAAAUACCCAAUAAUUUGAAUACUAAAAAUAACAACAGUAAACCUCUUUUCUUAUGUCAGCCUUUCUGUAAAGCUGCUCUCGUCAAAGGCAGUUUCAAGACUAUCGUAGUACUACCAAAGCACGUUGACGUUAACGAAUGGGUAGCUAUAAACUUGUUUGAUUUCUUCCACAACUUGAACGCCUUUUACGGUGUGAUAUCUGAAACUGUCACGCUUGAAUCGAAUCCAACCAUGUCUGCAGGUGUUAACUUUGACUACACUUGGAUCGAUCAAUCAAGAAAGCUAGUCAAGUUGCCUGCGCCUACCUACAUUGACUAUGUUAUGGUAUGGGUCCAGUCUUUGCUCAACGAUGAACUCGUCUUCCCUUCAAAGCAAAACAACUACUUCCAGCCCACCUUCCCUUCUUCCGCCAAGCACAUAUAUAAACAACUUUUUAGAGUAUUUGCUCACUUAUACUGGGCUCACUUCUCUUCCUUUCUCCACCUCAGCUUAGAAGGUCACCUCAACUCUCUAUUCGCUCACUUUGUCGCUUUUGGUACUGAGUUUGACCUCAUCGAUAAAAGAGACGUUCUCGGUUCGGGCGUAGGCGAUCUCAUGAACCUUUGGAAGGAUCAAGGCACUCUGGAACUAUGA